AUAUAAGCUGGCAAUUCAACCCGUGCUGUAUGGAAUUCCAACGGGUGACACAGGAAGGAAUUACCGAACUGAAUAUUCGAUAACUUGUCGGGGAGAACGGAAACGAAAGCAAUGUGGGUGUGCGUUCCACAAGUCUACCUCGUACUGCUUGUUGGAAUGUGCCAGCUCUGUGGCUCUGUGUCUGUCUCUUCACUGCUUUCGGGAAACUCUACCAUAGCCGAGGUGUUCAAUGUUAUUGAAAAUGCACUGGAAAGUGUAAAUCUCUUAAACCUCAUUCCAAGCUUGGAGAACAAUAACGGCAAUCCAGAUCAAUACCUAAACACGCCGGAGCUGAUAGAGAAGUACGGUUACCCUGCAGAAAUCCACACAGUGACGACGGAAGACAGCUACAUCCUCACAGUUCACCGCAUUCCUUACAGCCCCAAGUCUCCUGCAGCACCCAACAAGCCCGUCGUGUUUCUGCAACACGGUAUUCUCUCCAGCUCAGCCGACUGGAUCAUCCUUGGACCUGAAAAUUCUCUUGGAUACCUUUUGGCCGACGCUGGUUUUGAUGUGUGGCUUGGAAAUGCAAGAGGCAACACGUACUCCAAGAAACACCUCAGUCUCUCCACAUCCGAUUCUAAAUUCUGGGAUUUCAGUUGGCACGAAAUGGGCAUAUACGAUCUGCCAGCAGCCAUCGACUAUGUGCUGGAGCAGACAAGCCAGCCGGACCUCUACUAUAUAGGCCACUCCAUGGGCACCACCAUGUUCUUCGUGAUGACGUCAACCCUAACUGAGUACAAUUCCAAGAUCCGCCUGAUGACCGCUCUGGCGCCUAUAGCGUACAUGGCGUUUGUGAAGAGUCCAAUCUCGAAAUUCUUCGGAGCCAACCCGUUGACGAAGCCAUUGGUCAGAAUGCUGGGUAUAAAUGAGUUCCUACCAAAUGGCAAACUCACGAGCUCCAUACUCGGUUACGUGUGCUCCGAUGGGUCCAUCAUACAACAGGUGUGCAGCACGGCGCUCUUCGCCCUCUGUGGAUACAAUCCGCAGGAACUGAACACGACGCUACUGCCAGUGUUGAUGUCACACGCUCCGGCAGGAUCUUCCGCUAAAUCAUUCUUGCAUUACGCGCAAGAUAUGAAUUCAGGAUCCUUCCGACAUUGGGACUAUGGAUAUAUCAGGAACUUGUUCCGCUACGGGCAACUGUCACCCCCGGAGUACAACCUCUCAGCCAUUACUGCGCCUGUCCGACUACUAUACAGUGACAAUGACUGGUUCGCUGAUCCAAGGGAUGUUUACAAACUGAACCAAAGUCUGGGUAAUUCUGUGGGUGAAUAUCGCAUUCCACUGGACUCGUUCAAUCACCUCGACUUCGUGUGGGCCAUUCACGUGAAGACUUUAGUCAACGAUGAAGUUAUCAGUUUCCUGGAGAAUUAUUAAACGUAAAGAGUAACCAUAAUAAAAUAGUGACAUUAUA